AUGGAGGAGCCCCUCUGCUGCUGCGAAUACGUGGACCGGCGGGGCGAGAGGAACCACCUGGCGGCGUGCUGCUGCGACUGCCAGGACCUGGACGAGGGCUGCGAGAGGUGGCUGGCGUGCGGAUCCCUGCCCCCGGGGGCUCUGGAGCGGAUCGCCGACGCCGUGGCGGACCGGCUGCGGGUCCCUUGGUUCGCCGGGGCCGUGAAGAUCAAGGUCAGCCUCGUGCCGCCGCUGGUUCUGCUGCCCGUCUUCCUCCACGUCGCCGCUCUGCACGUCCUGCUGGGGUUCGUCGUCUUGACGUCUCUGCCCGUCGUGGUGCUGUGGUAUUACUACCUCACCCACCGGAGGAAGGAACGGACACUCUUCUUCUUGAGCCUGGGGCUGUUCUCCUUGGGCUACAUGUACUAUGUGUUUCUCCAGGAGGUGGUUCCCCGCGGCCGCGUGGGCUAUUCCCAAGUGGUCGCUCUCACCUGCGGGCUAGUCCUUAUGCUUGCAGCCCUGUCUCGAGCCAAGAAGGACCCCGGCUACCUUCCCACCCCAGCAAGCAACGAGAAGUCAUCGCACCAGGGUUUGCCCAGCAGCGGCGUCAGGGGGAGCUCCGAGGGGCUCCAUGGCGUCAGGGGGAGCUCCGAGGGGCUCCAUGGCGUCACCGCGUCAGGCGCUGCCAGCGGCCGGGCUGCGAACGGGGAGGCCAAAGGCUAUUCCAGGAUGUCGGCUGAGGAGCCAGAAGGUGUGAAAAAGGACUGGUGCACCAAAUGCCAGCUGGUCAGGCCAGCCCGAGCAGGGCACUGCCGGCUUUGUGGCAGGUGUGUAAGGAGACUGGACCAUCACUGUGUCUGGAUUAACAGCUGUGUAGGGGAGCAGAACCACCAAGCAUUCAUCCUGGCGCUCUCCUUCUUCAUGCUCACCUCUGUCUAUGGGAUUACACUGACCCUGCACACCGUCUGUAGGGGCAGAACUCCGUUUGUGGCAUUGUUCUACUGCCCCGGGGCCUAUUCUGACUACAGCUCUGCUCUGUCGUUCACCUGUGUGUGGUACUGUGCCAUUGUAACAGCUGGCAUGGGAUACAUCCUCCUUAUCCAGCUGUUGAACAUCAGCUACAACGUGACCGAGAGGGAAGCUCGGCUGGCUCUGCGGGACAACACUGGGCGCAGGCUCCUGGGUGGGUUAGUGAUAGACACUGGCCAGUAUAACAGGGGUUUCCUAUGCAACUGGGGCCAUUUCUUGAGCCUGGGGUCUUCUCCUCCACAGCGCUCUGCUGAAGACAUCGUGUGA